GGCGCGCCGUGCCCGCUCCCCGGGGAGCCGCGGGCCGGGGCCGCCCCUGGUCUCGGCUCUCGGGCCGGCCCGCAGCGGUAGCGUCGUCGCGGCAGUAACCGCUCUUCCUCUCGGGGUGAGGGCUCCCGCAGCGGAGCCGGCUCCGGGCUCGCACCCGCGCCGUGCGGGAACCGCCGCGGCUCCCUGCCCCGCCGCCGCCUGCGGCUCCUGCGCGCUGCUUGGCUGGCUUCUCGAGGUGCAUUUGACGGCUUCCAGAGCGGUGUUGAGUCCUGCUGUAGUUCCCCUUAAACUCCUAAUUAUUUUAUAGUUUUGCUAGAAAACUUAGUGGCGCAAGAAAACGCGUUGAAAAUAGCCGCCAGAAGGGCCGGGACUUGUGUCCCGGUGCGGGCAACGCCGGUGCGCGGCGGCGCUUCCCCCGGGCGGGGCGGGGGCGGCCGUCGCCCCCUUGGGCUUCACACGCGGCGCCUCCGCGUUCGGACCGUGCCGCUGUUGUUACCGCAAUGGCUUAGCUUUUCAGUGUAUUUUUAAAUUUUUUAAAUGCAUUUAAGUUUCCGUAGGUAGAGGGGAAGGUGAAGGGGGCACCCGACUCCUUAAAUACUGCAUCGAAGCCUCUUGGGAAGGAACCGUUGUCGCGUUCUGUAUUUGCACGGAGGUCUGGGCUGCCUUUUUAGCAUAUGUUAAAUAUAUUAAAGUACAAAUAGACAGUAGGCAGCGUUCUUCUGAGUGAAACUUUGCUCCAGAACAAAAACUCCGUGCCUGACCUGUGUAUCUCUGAAAGCUUUGUAUUUAUUUAAAAUUGGCUCGUUACUGUAACAUCUAACGACCUGGAAAACUCACUCUGUGAUACUGAACCGCUGGUUGUGCAGAUACUUGCAUGUGAAACAGUUACUAAAAUAAACACAGGCAUAAGGGCUUUCAGGAGCAGGGCCAAGUUCGAGCAGAGGGGAAGCAACGCUUGCAAAUAUUGCUAUCGCCUGCAAAAACUGCAGCUGGAAGAUGUAUGGAUUUAAUAGAAAAUGUUUACAUAGCUUCGAGAAGCAGGAAGGAGCCCAAGUCCCCCCAGGCCAGCGAGGUCCCUGAGCACAAGCCGCAGGUGAACAGCAUUACUGUUUCUAAGAAACGCAGCUGGCUACAGCAGAGCACACACCGACCUCCUCCUCGGGAAGAAGAUGACCCCUGUAAGGAAACGCACGGGGCCGUUAUCCUGGUACCCAAAUCUCCCAUCCCGCUGCCUGAGCCUGUGGUGCCACGGGCUCCUUCCACAUCCCCAGUGGGGCGGCAGCGCCCCACACGAAGCUGCGCUCCUGUGGGUGCCCUACCAAGCACCGCGAGCCCUGCUGCGCCCAGGAGCGCUGCUUUGGACUUUGGUGAGGAUGAUGAUGCAGAUGAUGAAGGAGAAAUAUGGUACAACCCGAUCCCUGAAGACGAUGAGCCUGAUUUGCCAAGGAUCUGCCUUUCUGCUGUGAAUAGCCCUGGUGCUGUGGGCUCCGCGGCUGUUUGGUACCACCCCACCCCUGGGGGUGACUCUGGGAUGGCCAUGAGUCCCAGUGAGGGUCCCCCACGCUGCACGGAGAGUGUGGGGAGCAGUCGGAUGGCUCAGCCUAGCGAAGAGAGUCAGGCUGAUGCCGCGCAUCCUGGGGAGCACGUGCAGCAGCACUGGCAGAGGUUUGCCUGCAAGGCUCCCAGUGUGCCAGCAGUAGAGGACAAUCCUGCCUUUAAGUGCCCUUCAACAGGGUCUGGAGUUGCACUUGCGCACAAGGCUGACAUACCCUCAACAGAGGUUUCUCCUCCAAGUCCCAGUCCUCUGAAAAAAAGCGGAUCCAUCAACUGGCCUUUCCCUGAUAGAAUUAAAUCUCCCAGGACUGUGAGGAAGCUUUCCAUGAAAAUGAAAAAGCUGCCAGAGCUGAGCAGGAAGCGGAGUGUCAAGGGAGCUUCAAGCCAUACUAGUUCAGAUAAUCCUCCCCCCCUGCUGAAGGGUAGCUGCCAGGAUACAAGCCAUACGGUGUCUUUGCCAUCUUCUGGAAACUCAACCACAGCUGCCAGCAGGAAUGUGAUAAGUCGUUACCACCUUGACAGCAGUGUGUCAUCGCAACACACCUACAAAAAGAAAAGCUCCAGGAGCUCCAAAUCCUUCAGCAAAGGUGGUUACCUCAGUGAUGGUGACUCUCCUGAGCUUAUAACAAAAUCGGGUAAACAUGGGCAUGAAACCAAGUGUGGGAAAGGAAAGGAGAGCCUUCCAAGUAGCAGCGGUAAACCAGAAAUAGAUAUUGACGCCUUCAGACACUACAACUUUUCUGAUCAACCCAAGUGCUCUCAGUACAUCUCUGGACUCAUGAGCAUUCACUUUUAUGGUGCUGAAGACUUAAAACCACCAAGGAUAGACUCAAAAGAUGUCUUUUGUGCAAUACAGGUUGACUCAGUAAACAAAGCGAGAACAGCCCUGCUUACAUGUAGGACAACAUUUCUAGAUAUGGACCACACGUUCAACAUAGAAAUUGAAAAUGCUCAGCACUUAAAGCUGGUGGUGUUCAGCUGGGAGCCCACCCCACGGAAAAACCGGGUCUGUUGUCAUGGAACCGUGGCUCUUCCCACUCUCUUCCGAGUGACAAAGACGCAUCAGCUGGCUGUCAAACUGGAACCGAGGGGGCUGAUUUACGUCAAGCUGUCACUUAUGGAGCAGUGGGAGAACUCUCUUGAUGGCCUCGAUGCAGAUCGGGAGCCCGUGAUGUUUGGGGUAGAUGCUCGGAAAGUUGUAGAGAAGGAAAAUGCGGGCUUGAUGGUGCCGCUUCUGAUGCAGAAAUGCAUUCUGGAGAUUGAAAAGAGAGGCUGUCAGGUGGUAGGCCUAUAUCGGUUGUGUGGCUCGGCAGCGGUUAAGAAAGAGCUUCGAGAGGCAUUUGAGAGGGAUAGCAAGGCUGUUACUCUCUGUGAAAGCCAGUACCCAGAUAUUAAUGUCAUAACAGGUGUGCUCAAGGAUUAUCUGCGAGAGCUACCCUCUCCCCUGAUAACCAAGCAGCUCUACGAAGCGGUGUUGGAUGCCAUGGUGAAAAAUCCCUUGAAAAUGACAGCAAGUGGUUGUGAGAACGACCCGAGUGACUCUGAGCACACAGCAGCCCUUCUGGAUUGCCUGCCAGAUGUUGAGAAGGCUACCCUGAAGAUGCUGUUGGAUCACCUGAAGCUGGUGGCUUCUUACCACGAAGUGAAUAAGAUGACAUGCCAGAAUUUAGCUGUGUGCUUUGGGCCUGUGUUGCUGAGCCAGAGGCAGGAGACCACCAACCAUAACAACAGAGUCUUCACGGACUCAGAAGAGCUUGCUAGUGCCCUGGACUUCAAAAAACAUAUAGAGGUUCUUCACUAUUUACUCCAGCUGUGGCCAGUACAUCACUGGCCUGCAAAAGAACCAGCACAUCUGAAUGCAUUUCCCGAGCACACAUCCUCCCAGAAUUACCUGAGACCCAAGAGGCAGAGACCUCAGAUGCUGAAUCUAAGUGGUACCGAGAUGUCUGGGGUGCUCAGACCAAGGCCAGCAGGUCUGGACAGCCCAUCAAGCAACCGCUAUGCUGGAGACUGGAGUAGCUGUGGGGAGAACUACUUCUUAAACCCGAAAGACUGCCUGAGUGAAGCAGACUAUGACGACGUCCCUUCGGAAGAUACAGAGAGCGGGGAUGACAGCAGCAAAGCUGAGGAGUUGGAUGCCCCAGUGGGACAGGUGCCACCGGUCCCCAGGGAGCACGCCUUCCAGAGCUAUUUGACAAUGCAAGCAAUAGACUCCGCCGUGGAUCACAGAGCAAACCUCAAAGACCUGCAGGAAAGUAUUGAUACUCUGAUAGGAAACCUGGAAAGGGAACUCAACAAAAACAAACUAAAUAUGAGUUACUAGAUCCUGUCCUGCAUGAUGCUGCCUCCUCACGCCUCUGUGCCCCGCAUCAGGCUUCCCACAGCGGUGCGAGGAGUGACGGUGCCCCUGGACACCUUGUAAGACCACCUUGCGUUAACAAAUUUUAAGCCAUUCCGUUACGUUGCUGCCUCUUGGUUAGAGGGUGUUGGCCUGAUUCAGGUGUUUGGAGGCAAAGCUUAGCGACUGUGAGGUAAUUCCACAUAGUGGCAUCUCUCCCUGAAAACACGGUGCACUUAGGUGGUGUGGGCAACACCUGGGGGAGGGUGAAGCAAUGUCUCUGCUGUCAGGGGUAGCAGAACUCCUCAUUCCUGAAAUCCUGGCUCCGGUACAGAUGUUCCUCUUGGCAGAGGAUGAACGCUGCUUGGCCUCAGUUUUGCAGCAUGGACUUCAGAUAGACUUGUUUUACUGUAUAUGCAAUGGCUGCUAUGAAAAAUGCUUUAUAUAUAUAUAUAUAUAAAAUAUUUAUAUAUGAAGUUUUAAUUGUACAAAUAUUAACGUAUUCCUGCAUUAACACUUUUCAGUAAUAAUUUAAACAAGCAAAAAUUAAAUAUUUUUCUAACCUUGUUUGUAUAUAUCUGUGUAUAAAUGUGCAUGUGUCUGUUUGUAGCCACCUUUGGACAGGGGAGGUCUCUCAGAAUUAUGAAAUGUCCCUGUUUCUAGGAAGACGUGUUCAGUGAUGCCAGGAUGAAGUUACCCCUUGGGUAACAGAGUGUUUGAUUUACGCACAGAAACACAGCCAGAGAGAAAGCAGGGUGAAUGAUUAAUAUAAAUGACCUUGUGUGUUGCAGGGGCAUUGGUUUGCAGGUGUUGACUAUUAACUCUCUCUCACACAGACACCCCCCCCUUCUCAUUUUUCCCCCCCCCUUUUUUUUUUCCUGUUUUUUUUGUUUGUUUGUUGGUUUUCUUCCUCCAUGGUUUUUCUUAAAUAUAAAGAAGGUUUGGAAGGUAUUUACUUCUAAAAAUAAAUGGUUCUUGUUUGUCCUUGUGACCUAUUAAAUUAUUUGAUACUUAUUUUCUUUCCCCUUCAGAGUUUUAUGUUAUUUUUGUUGAGGUACCAUUGUCUGGCUGCUGGUAGUUAGAUGUUCAAGCCCUCUCUGAAGGGCUUUGGCUCUGGAGAUGCAGGAUUCAAAUUCUUUACAAAGGCAGUUACUUUUUUUCUCUUGAGUUGUUUUUUGUUUGUUUGUUGUUUUUUUUUAAAUCUCCCAAAAAUAGAAACCUGAGUUGUUCCAUGAGGUUCGGUGAGUUGAGUGAUGUUACUCCUGGGGAGUUUGGGUGGGAUUGCAGUUCACUGUGACCUUACUAAAUCCUGCUAUCACCAUCUCGGAUCUGUAGUCCUUUAUGGUGAGCAGUUAAAUUUUUCGUGUUAAGGAAACACAUUCUUGGUUUAAUUAAAAAUAGUUACCAAAUCAUACACGGAUGUUUCGAUAGUCCCUUUAACCAAAAGGCAAUACAGAGCCAUUCCUUGUACUUCACGGGUCACCCCUGUGAGGAAGGGGGCACUGGGGCGGCGGGGGGAGAGGGUGGUGUGUUUUGAGAGGACGAACACCCAGUCGCUCUCAGCUGGCUGGGCAGAACUUAAUUCUCCUCAUCUUUUUGGUACGAUGUUGGCAUCCCGCCAUGGCUUUCCGUUCACCCUGUGGGUAAGUGCUUUUCUGCUAACCUGUACUUCCUUAUAUUGCUUAAUUGAAGAGUUAUUUAUUUACAGUAGUAAGGAAUUAAGAAUCGCUAUGGCAUACUUCACCCCUCUUUUCUAAGGAAUUAUUUUAGCAUGGUUUCAAAUGGUUUAUUCAAUCUCAUUAAUUUAUUUUUUAUGUGUUAAAAGAUGCAAAACAAUUAUUGCAAUAUAAUGAUAAUGUAUGAAAAUGUAAAUUUAACCUGAAGCAUUUAUCAAUAAAUCGAUGUAUUUUUUUAAACUUUUAUACCUACAGAAUGUGCAUACAUUUUAAACUAUAAAGUUAAAUUCUAAAUAAAAUUUGAAUUAAGAACAAAA